UAUGCUGCUGAACAUUCAAUGCUUUUUCCAUGCUUUUGGAAGAUAACUGACUUGACUAUCUUAUCAUUAUUCAUACGACGUUCGAGUCAAUUUAAUGAUUACAAACAGUGCCACAGAUAAGUGACCAUAUAAUUAAAUGCAAUACUGCUUUGAUCUAUUAUGAGUUAAUUGGAUAGUUUAACUUUCACAUUGUGCUAACCUAAUCUACAUUUUUGUAACGCCAACGCUUUAGUAAUAUUAUAAUUAUUCAACAAUAUUAUUGUCAGGAAUAAAACAGCAAUGACAGUCUAUACAUUAAGCAGAUUAACACCUUUAAUCCAAAAUAUAAAACAUCAAGCCAGGCCUUUCUUUUACUGGCUUGUCGUUGUAUUCAAUAGAAUUGAUGCAGAACGUAUAAAGGAAAUUGGUCCAGAUCGUGCUUGCGCAGAAUGGCUUUUAAAAAAUGGAGCUUAUGUUAGAUGGAAAAAUUUUACUGAACCAUUGACUGAUUAUAAUGCAUUACCAACUAGUGGAAACUAUUAUAUUGAAGCUAUUGAAGCAAAUGAUGCUGGAAUAUGUGAUUUAGGAUUUCCAUAUCUCGAAGGAUGCAAGCAUAUAAAAGAUAUAAAAUUGGAAAGCUGUAGAUAUAUAAAUAAUAGAGCUAUGCCAUAUUUAUCGCUUGUUCAAGAUUCAUUAACUAAUUUAGAAAUUAUAAAGUGUAAAAGUAUUGAUGAGAAUGGUCUACGUCACUUGAAAGUAUUGAAAAAUUUAAAACAGUUAAAAAUCAAAGGAUUACCAGCCAUUACGGAUAGUGUUGCUCAUGAUGAACUUGUCAAGGCUUUACCCAAUUGUAAAAUAGACUUUGAAUGAAUAUUUUAUUAUUAAUGAAAUUAAUUGUAAAUAGACUUUGAGUAUAUUUUAUUAUUCGUUAAAUUAUUUUUGAUGGAUAUUUUUAAAAAGUGUGCGUAAAUAAAAUGUAAUAAAAUAUAACUGU